GCGAACUUGAGUGAGCAAUUGCCCAUGCCCUAAUAAUAUUUUAAUGUUUUUUAUGUUAGAACCCCUUUGAUCCUGUUACGAAACCAGUGCUCUCCCGGAACUGACCGGGAGGAGACUUCUUACGAGACUUCGAGGUUAACCCAGACUCUCAUUUUCCUUAGACUUUGCUGAUUCCCCUUAGUUGUCAUUAACAUGCACCCACGAUCGUUAUUAAGAAAGCAAGUAACUCUGAUAGAUAGUUAAGAUGAAAUGGUAUUGGUCAAAAACCGCUGCCCAGCAGCAAUUUAUGAUGUCGUGAGGGUUCAUUCCUUUCAGUACACAUGUACGUUGCUUUGAACGCUGAGCUCCGUAUUGGAGAUUAAAAGAUUCACCUGAACGCUUCUCUCAUGCCAUUUAACAUCCAUUCACCAUUAUUCUUUGUGCCCACUUGUGCCAGCUAAAUGUAAAUAACAUUGCUUGGAGACAUCAGAAUAGCUUUAUAAAAGAGUAAAUUUGAGCUGGGUCGUGAAGGGCCAAAAGGAAUUUACUAAGCUCACGGGAAGGUCAUUCUUGGUUGCAGUGUGGGGAUGCAGAGACUGGAGAAGUUUUGGCAAGCUUGGGGAGAGCGGGAGAAUGAAUGUAUUUGAGCAUGCUGUGCAAGGGUGGUUGGUGAAGCAAGAGGAAGAUUGAGGUAAACUUGUAAAGGACCUUGAUUUCCAAGGAAGGUGUUAGAUUUUCUUUGGUACUUAGCCGAUGACUGCCUUGCACAAGGAAGGGGGCAUGAGGCUAUUUUUUGUAGGAUGGUCUCUCUGAUAACUGUAUGGAAGAUCAACUUGGAACUGAAUGAGAGGAAAUUGCAGUCAUUCAGAUUUAUAAGGAACUCUUCCUUUGAACUCAGUGUUUCAUCCUAUAUACGACUGAGAUAUCAAACCUUUUGGAUUGUUGUUAUUGGACCAAAAAAAUGACAUCUAUUAUCAAAUUAACUACCCUUUCUGGGGUCCAAGAAGAGUCUGCUCUUUGCUAUCUUCUCCAAGUUGAUGAGUUUAGAUUCUUACUGGACUGUGGCUGGGAUGAGCACUUUUCUAUGGAUAUUAUAGACUCCCUGAGGAAGCAUGUCCAUCAGAUUGAUGCAGUACUGUUGUCCCACCCGGAUCCUCUCCAUCUUGGUGCCCUCCCGUAUGCUGUCGGAAAGUUGGGUCUGAACUGCGCUAUCUAUGCAACCAUUCCUGUUUAUAAAAUGGGUCAGAUGUUCAUGUAUGACCUUUACCAGUCCCGACACAAUACAGAAGAUUUUACCCUCUUUACACUAGAUGAUGUGGAUGCAGCCUUUGAUAAAAUACAGCAGUUAAAGUUCUCUCAGAUUGUGAAUUUGAAAGGUAAAGGACACGGCUUGUCCAUCACACCUCUGCCGGCUGGUCACAUGAUAGGUGGAACAAUAUGGAAAAUAGUCAAAGAUGGAGAAGAAGAAAUUGUUUAUGCAGUUGACUUCAACCACAAGAGGGAGAUCCACUUAAAUGGAUGUUCCCUGGAAAUGCUAAGCAGACCUUCCCUACUUAUCACAGAUUCAUUUAAUGCUACAUACGUGCAGCCCCGGAGAAAACAAAGGGACGAGCAACUUCUGACAAAUGUCCUGGAAACACUUCGAGGUGAUGGAAGUGUGUUAAUAGCAGUGGACACUGCAGGUAGAGUUUUGGAACUUGCUCAACUCCUUGAUCAGAUUUGGAGAACUAAAGAUGCCGGAUUAGGUGUUUACUCAUUGGCACUCCUAAAUAAUGUCAGUUAUAACGUGGUGGAGUUUUCUAAGUCUCAGGUAGAAUGGAUGAGUGAUAAAUUGAUGAGAUGUUUUGAAGACAAAAGAAAUAAUCCAUUUCAGUUUCGCCAUCUCUCUCUCUGUCAUGGUCUUUCUGACUUGGCUCGAGUACCUAGCCCCAAAGUGGUACUUGCCAGCCAACCCGACCUGGAAUGUGGAUUUUCAAGGGAUCUCUUUAUUCAGUGGUGUCAGGACCCUAAAAACUCAAUCAUUCUAACUUACAGAACUACUCCUGGGACUUUAGCACGUUUCCUCAUUGAUAAUCCAUCUGAAAAAAUUACAGAAAUAGAGCUGAGGAAACGUGUAAAGCUUGAGGGGAAAGAACUUGAAGAAUACUUGGAAAAAGAGAAACUAAAGAAAGAAGCUGCUAAAAAACUUGAGCAGUCAAAAGAGGCCGACAUAGAUUCCAGCGAUGAGAGCGACGUUGAGGAAGAUAUUGACCAACCAUCAGCUCAUAAGACUAAGCACGACCUGAUGAUGAAAGGUGAAGGCAGUCGUAAAGGCAGUUUCUUCAAACAGGCGAAAAAGUCUUAUCCUAUGUUUCCUGCCCCAGAAGAAAGAAUCAAAUGGGAUGAAUAUGGAGAAAUUAUCAAACCAGAGGAUUUCUUAGUGCCGGAACUUCAAGCUACUGAAGAAGAAAAAAGCAAAUUAGAAUCUGGCCUGACAAAUGGAGAUGAACCCAUGGAUCAGGAUUUAUCUGAUGUUCCUACUAAGUGUAUUUCUACGACAGAAUCUAUUGAAAUAAAAGCCAGGGUUACUUACAUAGACUAUGAAGGACGCUCUGAUGGGGAUUCCAUUAAAAAAAUCAUCAAUCAGAUGAAACCACGACAGUUGAUCAUUGUCCAUGGACCACCAGAGGCCAGCCAGGAUCUUGCGGAGUGCUGCCGUGCAUUUGGUGGGAAGGAUAUUAAAGUGUACAUGCCUAAGCUACACGAAACAGUUGAUGCCACUAGUGAAACUCACAUCUACCAGGUGAGAUUGAAAGAUUCACUUGUCAGCUCCCUUCAGUUUUGUAAGGCAAAAGAUGCUGAAUUAGCUUGGAUAGACGGUGUCUUAGACAUGAGAGUUUCCAAAGUAGACACAGGAGUUAUUUUAGAAGAAGGAGAGCUAAAGGAUGACGGCGAAGACGCAGAAAUGCAGGUGGACGCUCCUUCAGACUCCAGCGUCAUAGCCCAGCAGAAGGCCAUGAAGAGUCUGUUCGGAGAUGAUGAGAAAGAAACAGGUGAAGAAAGUGAGAUCAUUCCUACACUGGAACCCUUACCACCUCAUGAGGUUCCUGGACAUCAGUCAGUUUUUAUGAACGAACCAAGACUCUCUGACUUCAAACAAGUUCUUUUACGAGAGGGGAUCCAAGCUGAAUUUGUAGGAGGUGUCCUCGUUUGCAACAAUCAAGUGGCAGUCCGUAGAACGGAAACUGGACGCAUUGGAUUAGAAGGCUGCCUUUGUCAAGAUUUUUAUAGGAUAAGAGACCUUUUAUAUGAACAGUAUGCCAUUGUGUAAAGGACAUGAUGUCAAGAAGUAUCUGUUUGACCUUUCUAAGAAAAAAGGACUCUUAUUCUAAGCUUUUGCUUUUUUGUUUUGUAACAUACAAAAAGAAUCUGCCAGAAAAAACUUAACAUGCAUUAGAUUUUUAAAAGUGUAAAUGGAAACCACAUCAUUGCUAACGCUCCAGUGAGCAUGCGACCUUUUGGCUUUCGGCGUGAUAGAGAUCCUUACAAGUGUGCAGCCCUGGUUGAAGGUGACUGGCUUCCUUUUCACACCCCUUAUUCUAGAAGGGCUUUUUACUUGAAUAAAACAAUGCAACUUAGCAAACCA